AUUGAGUUUAAUGAGGAUGGUUCCAUUAAUCCCUCAAAUAUUGAACUAGAACGUAAUUUGUCACCAGUAAAUUAUGACUUUAAUUUAAAUGAGAGUGCAGGGAUGCAAUCAAUAAGUGAAAUAGAAGUCAAAAGGGAGCCAGUAGAGUUGCUAACUUUGUCAGGUAGUGAAACUGAGCUCAAUAUAUCUCCAGCUCAGUCAAGUCAAGAGAUACAAAGUAUCAAGGUAGAAGCUCCGGAUUGGAUGCAAAUACUGUUUGCCAAACUCGAAUCAAACCAAAAUAAAAUUGAGGCUAAAAUUGAAAAUAGUAAUAAAAAGUUGGAGAAUAAAAUUGAGGUUAGUAAUAAAGAACUAAAAGAAGAACUGCAAUCAAAAUGGAAUAGUUUGAAUUAUAAGAUAGAUGCUAUUCAUCAUGACAUUCAAGUAAAAGUAGGGCAACAGUUAACUAAAAUGCAUAGUACUUUCAAAUGUGAAAUAGAUCAAAUUCAAAAAAAUUAUCAAGAGGCAGAUGAACUUUUGGAAGUGAGGUUGUCCGAAAGAUUGAGCAACGAGUCCAAACUUUGCUCUGACAAAGUUAAAGAGGUACAAAUUAAAGUAGAUACUUGUCAGAAAAACAUUGAGAAAGUAAAAGAAACCUGUACCGAAAUUCGUGGUGCAGUGGAACAAAGAUGUUCUGCCAGGAUAGAAGCAGUAGAGUCACAAGUAGAGGAAUUAAAUACUAACAUUGCUAACCUAGAAAAUAGAGUAACCUCUGUUAAUUCUAGUCAUUCUACUGUACAGCAUGUGACUUCAGUUGACGCCGCUUUUAUAGGGUGUCGACAGUUUUUGCGCUUUGAUCCUGAUAAGUACAUUCACCCUCUUGAAUUUUGGAAUGACUUUGAGGAUGUUCUCCCCAACACUUGGUCAGAAAGAGAAAAAAUUUCAUUUAUAAGAAGUCAUUUGUCAGGUGAUGCUUUGCGAUGGUCAGCGGAUGUAAUGAUCAAAUGUAAAACUUUAUCUGAAUUUAAGUCUGCAUUUCUCAACGAAUACUGGUCACAUAACAAACAAAAUGAUGUGUUAAGGGAAUUCUGGAGUGGUAAGAAGUUUUUCCCAGGGCGUGAAUCAGUAAAGGAUUUCGCUAGGAAGUGGGUUUCAAGACUGUCACAUUUGACAGAAAAGAUGAAGCCAGAUAUGAUCAUUAUGGGUUUAGAAGGUAAGCUGCCGUGGUACUGGCAGAAGAGGAUCAUUUCCGCCCCUAGAGAUAAUAUAGACAAAUUUAUUGAAUAUCUGGAAAGAGUAGAAAGAGUAGCUGCUGCUGAGGAGCAGGUGCAGCAGAAUAACAAAUCUUCUAACAAUCACGUACAAAAUAAUGGAAACGUGAACGUUAGAAAUAUGUAAGUUAGGCACACCAAAACAAACUAUCGAAACCAAAGCCGUGGCAGAGGAAGAGGGGGUAGAUACUCACCACGCUUUCGUAACAACUACUAUGACGAAAGUGGAGAAGUAAAUACUAUGCCAUUAAGACAAGAAGGGAGUCAUGAUGCUACUAUAUCUAGUGGUGUCACAGAUGAACACAACAGGCCGCGUGUGGGAAACUAAAUCCCGUCUAUGAGGAAACUGGCGCUCACCAGGCGGUAACAGUAACACAGCCAGUAACGGAAACACAGACAAUCAGCCAACAUACACAGACAGACAACAUGGAUGCCGAAAUAAAUACAGAUAAUACCAGUGAUGUGUUAAGCCACUCUCACAAAAUAGUGGAUAGUAUUUUGGAUACACUAGAAAAAUGGGUCAAGGAAGAACAGGAACUCAAGGUAGAUAAUGGGGAAGAAAUAGAUAAUGGGUUUGAGUCUGAUGGGAAUAAUGAUGAAGUAAAAGCUUACAUCUUCGAUGAAAAUGGCAAUCUAAAAGCUGAAGUAGAAGUAGCAGAAGUAGAAUCAGUACUGCAAAACUUUAGAGAGGAGGAAAUGAUGAAUGAAGGGGGUAGAAAUAGUAACGAGGUGAAAGAAUCUAGUAGCUGUGUAAACGUGCCACAAAUGGUUGAAGGUGACGACAUUCUUAUGAACAGCAAUAUUGCGCAGGGACGCAGUUGCUCAGAGGUAGAGGAUAGUUUGGCUGAUGUGCAGCAAACAAAAGUAGAAAAAGUCGUCAGAUGCUUCGAUUUAAAGUUAGUGGACAGAUUAGAGAAAGCAGCUAAGAUUAUAGAGCAUGAUGAGCCCCAGGAUGUAAAUGUAAAUGUAAUUGCAACUGAUCAGAAUUACUUUAGCUGGAAGAACAUAGAACGAGAUUUAUUAGACGAGGUGUGUGAGCUGAUGUUCAAUCAGGAACCACAUAAUAUCAUUCCGAGUAUGAUUGACUUUCCAGUUCUAAGUCAGAGUACAUUGGAUGAGAAGAAAGCACAGGCCAGGGCAAAUAUACGCAAAAGAGCUUUAGAUAGGAAAAAGAGGCAUGAUGCAAGGGCUUCCCCCACUAGUUUUAAAAUUGGUGAGCUAGUGCUGGUCAAAACAAAAGAAAAAUCAAAGAAAAUUUCUGCAGAAACUAAAAAGUUUAUGCAUGUAUAUCAUGGACCAUUUAGAAUAGUAAGUAAACCUCAUGCAAAUGCCUAUCGUUUGGAAUAUCCAAAGAGUAAGAGAGAACUAGGUCUAAGAAAUAUUGUGGAUCUAAAGGAAUUUAAAAUUAACAGUAAUUAAUUACUGUAGGGAGUCUGCCACUCUUUGGCGGAUACACGGUUUGGCGUACCGUGCAGUCCCAGCUGGGUGAAACUUUAUUUCCUUUUCAAGUUUCAUUCCCUUCUUCUGGUCUAUCAUAACAGGUAAGAAUCACAUAUGUCUUCAUGUUGUAUAUAUGCUAUUAGGUUUUAAGUAUUCUUAGUAAGGAUCUACCUAGUGAAUGGCAAAACAAAAGUCUGAGUACCAAUAAGAGGCAAACAUGGCUAAAAUAAAUAAAUUAAAAUAUUUCAUGUAAUUGUAAAGGGUUAGAAACUACAACUAAGAGAGACACUUUGCAGUAUACGAAGUACGGUAUGAAUAUGAAUAAUCCAUGAGAUUAUGCAGAAGGUAGUAUGUUGCUAGAAAUAAGGUUGUCUGAAGGAAAACAGCGUAAGAAGGUAAUGCUCAUAGAGGCAAGCAAUGGCGUUUUAGAAUUAAAUAAAUGGAGAUGUGUGGAAGUGGUGUGAGGAUCGCACCAAAUAUAUAGAAACAGGACGUCAAUAGGCUGACAAAAGGAAAAGGGAGAAAGAAGUGGAGAAAUGAAGUAUUUUGAAUCUGGAAGAAAAGGGAGAAAAUGAAUAAGGUGAAGAAGUGAAGUAAGUAAAUUGAAGUAAAUGAUGUAGGAUUAAAGAAUAAUUCCCUCACGUCUCGUGAAAUGGUGAAAAACGCUAAAUCUUGCUUGAGGCAAAUAAAUAGUUAAACAGACAACAGAAACACACAAAUAUUGGAAAAUGCAGAAAUUUGGAAUCGGUAUACUGAAAAUAACUAAUUUCUUUAGUAAUUCAUACAAUAAAGCAAAGUGCUGGUCAGCAAAUGACUUCUUUGAUGAACUAAUCCAUACGAUAAUUAAGCCAGAGUACAUUAAAACUAAAAGGUUACUCAAUUUUCUAAGUUGAAGCAAGAUCUUAAUAUAUUAAUUUGCUAAAAGAAUUUUCACUAUUUAGGAACCUAAAAGAUUAUUUAUGAAAGAAGAAAGUAGGAGCUAUUGUAUCAGAUACGACUUAGUGCUAAAUGUCUUUCUGACAACUUCACAAUUAGUAAAAUAGUGCCAGAAUAUAAACUAUAAAAUGUACUUUGUCCUACCUUAGAUAUAAGUUGAAAACAGAAACUUAGACUGUAUUGUCUGUUUCUCAGGGACAUGCAGGCUGCAUGAAUGACUGACAACAAGCGGUAGGGAGAUUGGAAGUAGAGACGCAAACCACAGUGAAUACAAUUUCCUCCCACAAUUUUGUCAAUCAGUGAAAUUAAAUGAGUGUUACAAUAGGACACCCACCACAGUGCCGAGUAUUAUAGUAAAAGAAAAAUGUGAGUGCGUUGCAGUGAUAAAAGUCGUGUGUAUUUUCUUUUUCAGGAAGAGACUGAUUUUAAAGAAAAAAAAA